CUUCAAGCUGCUGACUGAGGAGAAGCCAUUAUCUGUCCGUCAUAGUGCAUAUCACGGCACGGGGGCUCUUUCAGACUGCAAUUGAAGUCCUGGUUCAGAUCCAAAUCCUGAUGUGAAAUGAGUACAGAGUUCCGCAAACUGCUUUUUGAAGUUUCUGAGGCUUUGGUGACAGACGAACUGUCAGCUCUUAAAUUCCUCAGCCUGGACUAUGUUGCCAAGGGGACGCUGGAAACCAUCCAUGAGCCCAAGGCCUUCUUUGAAGUUCUGCAGGAGAGAGACAUGAUUGAGGCAGGGAACCUGUUCUUCCUGAAGGAGCUGCUCUACCGGAUCCGUCGGAUCGACCUCCUGUCUGCCCACCUGGGCUCCAGCCGGGAGGAGAUGGAGAGGGAGCUGCGGGUCCCGGGCAGGGCACAGGUGUCAGAUUACAGGCAACUGCUGUAUGAAAUUGCAGAGGAUUUGACUUCAGAAAAUGUCCAAAAAGUGAAGUUCCUGCUCCGAGGACCACUACUAAAGAGCAAGCUCCAGGAAAAUGCUUCAAUGUUGCAGGUCUUUCUGGAAAUGGAAAUAAAUGGGAUAAUUGAUGAAGAUAACCUGACAGUGCUGAAAGAUAUAUUUCAGGGAUUUAGAGCUGACUUAAAGAAAAAAAUUGAUGCCUAUGAAGAAAAAAAAAGAGAAAAGUAUUCUAGGGAAGAAGUCCGCUAUCCUGUGUCUGUGUCUGUGUAUCCAGAGGAACAAGGGGCAGCAAAACAGUAUGGGAAAAUAUAUAAGAUGAAAAAUAACCCCCAUGGUUACUGCUUAAUUAUUAACAACCACAUUUUUAAAAAUCCACAUCACAAUAGAGAGGGAACAUUGCAAGAUGGAGAGGCUGUGAAGAAGGUCUUUAAGUGGCUUCAGUUUGAGACAGUUGAGUACAUGGAUCUAGAAGGAAAAAAAAUAUAUGACACAGUUGAAGAAUACAGCAAGAAAGAUCAUAGAAAUAUGGACUGUUUUGUUUGCUUCAUUUUCUCCCAUGGUGAAAAAGACAAAAUAAAAGGUGUUGAUGAUGAGUGUGUAAAUAUUGAAGCUUUAGUCUCCCGCUUCACUGGAACUAAUUGUCCUUCUCUUGCUGGCAAACCCAAGGUGUUUAUUAUCCAGGCUUGCCAAGGCUCUGAACGUCAUCCAUCUGUUGCAGUAGAAUCAGACUCUUCUGGACAUCUUGAGGUGGAUGCUAGACCUUCGACUUCCAUUCCUGAUAGGGCUGAUUUUCUGAUUGGCAUGGCUACAGUGGAGGACUACCUGUGCUACCGCAGUCCCAAUACUGGCAGUGUUUACAUUCAAUCCCUCUGUGAGAACAUGAAGUCGCUCUGCCCACAGCGCGUGGAUCUCGCAACCAUCCUGACAAAAGUGAACCAUGAAGUGGCAACAAAAGACAUAAAAGGAUUUAAGCAAAUGCCAAAGAUAACAUCGACACUACUGAAACUAUUGAUCUUUGAAGUUCCACAAUGAAAAGCAGACAAGUAAGAAUACACUCAGUUAGGAAUGACAUCUGGGCUUUGACAUAGAAGUGAACUUACAUGAGAAAUUAUCUGGAUCUAUGUAGUAGCCCUAGCCCUUUAAGGAGGCAUAGGACCUAAAUUUUUCAAAUUCCAUAUUGAAUCAGUCUUCCAAUACCUGGAUCUGUAAGAGUCGGGUAAGGCUGUGGAAAACUACAAAUCAUCAUGCUUUUUUUCCGGCAGAAGCAGUGGAGUAUGUUCAAUCUGGGUUUCAAGUGAGACAGGACUUCCAAGUAGUACUGUAAAUGUUAUUGGAAUUGUCAAUAAAGUCCCAUUUGUGUCUGAGUUAAGUCCCUAAAAUCUGCAAAAAAAGAACAGAUUGAGAAAGCUGGAUGCAUUCCCAAGCAGCAUGUGUUACUGCCUUACCCAGAGGUGAAUCGUUGUCUGUCUUUGGAAGCUACAAAUGUUCAUGGAAAAUAACAUCCUGCUCCAGAAGGAUCAAAACCCCCUGAUUAUGUUAGUUUGGUUCUUUUCAUCUAAAUAUUUGGUUUAUGUCAAUUAUCUUCUUGAAUAAACAGCCCAACUGUGUAAGUUUUUCAAUAAUAAAAGUUCUCACUUUGCUAUUUCUCAGAGUUCUCAGAGCACAGUGUCUUGAUUGAAUGUGGAAUACUGGAAAGAAGUUCUGUAAUCAUGUUUCUGUUAGAAUAAAUUCUCUUGGUUUUUAUAUCA